GUGGUCCUGACUCGAAUCAUCGUUUGAAAUGGGGCCAAAUGUUUAUGUACAUUUUUGAGGAAUCGAGUAUAUAAAUGAUAGAAGGUUAAUGAAUUUCUUGUCAAAACUAUUCCUUCAUAUGUAUGUUGAUUAAAUUAUAUAGUAGAGAAUAAAUAAGAGAUGGGUUUGAGUGGGAAGUUAGUUUCUAAAACAAACAUAAAAUCGGACGGAGAUGUGUUCCACGAGAUCUUCAGAGAGAGGCCGCACCACGUACCGGACAUGAGCCCUGAUCUCAUUCAAAACUGCGACUUACACCACGGCGAAUGGGGAACCGUAGGAUCUGUCAUCUUCUGGAACUACACCCACGAUGGUAAAGAGUGUGUGGCGAAAGAGAUAAUUGAAGCGAUAGAUGAGGAGAAGAAGUCGGUGACUUUCAAUAUCGUUGAAGGAGAUUUGAUGGAGCUAUACAAGACGUUCAAAGCGACGGUUCAUGUUGACACUGUCGGGGAAGACAACCUCGUCACUUGGACUUUUGUGUACGAGAAACUGAACGAGGAUGUUCCAGAUCCGCACACUCUCAUGGAAUUUUGCGUUAAGCUGACUAAAGAUAUUGAGUCCCACCAUCUUACCAAUGCUUAAUUUACAAUAAUAUUGAUGUUAUGAAUAUUUAUAUAUUUCUCUUAUGUUAAAAUUUAUGUAUGGGUUAUAUAUGUACUUUGUGAUGUCAUGAAUAAAGGAGUAUCACCCUCACUCCACAGUUACGUAUUCUUGAAUCUUAAU